CACAAGCUAGCUGCUUCACAAAACACAGCACAGCUAGCUGCAUAUCCGCCACCAUUAUCAUUCUGCCAUGGAGGUUGAUCACCGCAUCAGGGUGAGCGACGGCGACGGCGAGACGACGGCCGGACAAGGAGGCGUUGUCGGCGUCUUCUUCGCGCGCUGCUGGCUGCGGCUCCGCUCGGUGCUCGUCGGUCUAUGGUGCUGGGUCGCGGGGUUCGCCAGGAAGGUGGGCAGGAUCGCCAGAGAGGAUCCAAGGCGGGUGGCGCACUCGCUCAAGGUCGGCCUGGCGCUCACCCUGGUGUCCGUCUUCUACUACGUCACGCCGCUCUUCAAGGGCUUCGGGGUCUCCACGCUCUGGGCCGUGCUCACCGUCGUGGUCGUCAUGGAGUACACCGUCGGUGGCACGCUGAGCAAAGGCUUGAAUAGAGCCUUCGCGACGCUGGUGGCUGGGUUCAUCGCCGUGGGAGCUCAUCAGGUGGCUAACCGCUGUGGUGCACAGGGGGAGCCCAUACUGCUCGCCAUCUUCGUCUUCUUGCUAGCGUCGGCGGCAACGUUCUCGCGCUUCAUCCCGGAGAUCAAGGCGAGGUACGACUACGGCGUGACCAUCUUCAUACUCACCUUCAGCCUGGUGGCCGUGUCGAGCUACCGCGUGGAGGAGCUUAUUCAGCUGGCACACCAGCGCUUCUCCACCAUCGUCAUCGGCGUCCUUACCUGCCUCUGCACCACCAUCUUCGUCUUCCCUGUCUGGGCCGGCGAGGAUCUCCACAAGCUCACCGCCGGCAACCUCGAUAAGCUGGCACAGUUUCUUCAAGGAUUGGAAUCUGAAUGCUUUGGAGAAAAGGCUGCCGGCGAGAAUUUGGAGGGCAAAGCCUUUCUGCAAGUGUACAAGAGCGUCCUCAACUCCAAGGCCAGUGAGGACUCUCUGUGCAAUUUUGCCAAAUGGGAGCCCGGUCAUGGCAAAUUCGGCUUCCGACACCCAUGGAGCCAAUACCAGAAGCUCGGAGCUCUUUGUCGUCAGUGCGCGUCUUCAAUGGAGGCUCUUGCUUCCUAUGUCAUCACACUGCAAAAGUCCCAGGUAAUUGCAGAUUCUCCCCCAAUUCAUGAUAUUAGAAGGAGACUAUGGAGCCAAGAUAUUGACCGACACCAUUUUCCUGAUCAACAGUACCCUGAGGCCAAUCCGGAGCUAACCUUGAAGGUCCGAACAGCAUGCGGGGAAAUGAGCUCACACUCUGCUAAGGCGCUCAAGGAGCUAUCAACAGCCAUUCGGACAAUGAUCAUACCAUCUCCAGCCAACAUCACCAUGUCCGCAGCCAUCAAAGCUGCAAAAGACCUCAGAAAUGAAUUAUCAGAGGAAGCAGCCCUGUUGCAAGUGAUGCAUGUGGCUGUUACUGCGACACUUCUGUCAGACUUGGUUACGACAAUAGUGAAAAUUGCAGAAACCGCUGAUAAUCUAGCACGGCUUGGCCACUUCAAGAACCCUGAAAAAACUCAGAAAGAUGUCGCUAUCAACAUUCCGAGCAGAUAAAGACGCAAAUUUCCAUCCAAAGAAAAAAAAAGAGGCAAACUUCUGUCCUCAGGUGUGGUUAUUCUAAAAAAAAUAACGUGAAAGUUUCCCUCCCUUAUACGUUGUUAGAUAGAAAUGAGGCACCAAACGGAGACUGCUGCUCGAACGCGGGUGGGCGAGCUCAUCGGCAUGUGCUCGAACCAACCAGACACUACUCGGUUCUCAUGUGGUUGUUCUAUCCAGAGAAUAAUCCACGGGAGCAUCAAUGCUAAGCGGAAUCUACCGUGUACAGUACUAUAUUGUGUAUACAGCAAGUGACUAAUUUCUUCAGUAUUAUAGAAGUAAUUAUGAUGCUGAAUUAUGAUAAUAAAGCAUUGCAGUCUUUCCAA